UGCUUUCCCCCACCUUUUACGGUUCGAGUUUUUGCUUGCUUGGCUCGGAUCGGUUUUAAAAAAAAAAGUUUUCCUAUAACGUUUCCCCUCUUAUGAUUAUGGCCGGGUUAUGAAGGGUUUUUUUGUGUGAGGCAGAAAACGGGAUAUCAUGCGGGAUGGUGUUGUUGUUGCUGUUUGUCGUUUUAACGGUUGUACUUACUGGGGUGAGGGAGAGAAGAAGAGAGAGAUCUGGUGUGGUGGUCCCAUUCCACCACUGCAGACAAUUCAAUCAAAUAAAGAGGAUGGUUUGGGUUGUUUACAGUGGCUGUGUUUGGAAAUUAUGGUGCAAUGCUGGCCCCGGUCUUAGGCUGUUAUUUAGUAUAAGCCUGGACUAUCUUAAAUAUCACCCAAUUUCUUUUUUUGUCGUCAGCCCUGUCACUAUAAAGUUGUAUUGGACGUCCGUGCGUUGUAUUAGCAUACAAACGCACGUUCUCAUAACGAGUGAACCGUUUAGAUGACUGAUAUACGCUGGCUAUAGUAAGUGAUAGCAUCUGGCAAUCAUCAUUCCGUUUUAUUAAGCCAGAUCCCCUUCACGCAACGCACCGCCAUACUAGCACCGAUUCCCCU